CGUGCCCCGACUUCCUGAGGGCGGGCGGGCCGAACAUGGCGCCGGGCCGCUGGCGCCAGGGGCGGCCGCUCCUCUGCGCUCUGCUCCUCGUAGCGCUGCUGGGUCCCGCCGCCUGCUCUUCUUCCUCCAUCUACAGCCCCGGCGAGCCGCGGAGCAGCGUGCGAGUGCUGUGCGGCUCCAACUGGAGCCUGGUGUUGCAGGGCCAGUGGAUGUUGGAGUUUUAUGCUCCUUGGUGUCCAGCCUGUCAGCAGAUUGAGGCGACCUGGGAGAGCUUUGCCAAGGAGAGCGAACGGCUCGGCAUCACUGUGGGAAAAGUGGAUGUCACUCAGGAACCAGGCUUGAGUGGUCGUUUCUUUGUCACAACACUUCCUACAAUUUACCAUGCCAACGAUGGAGUGUUCCGCAGAUACCGCGGCUCCCGGACCUUGGAAGAUCUUCAAGGCUACAUCUUAGAGAGGAAAUGGGAAGCUGUGGAGCCUGUAGCAGGAUGGAAGUCUCCAUCUUCUAUAAUGAUGCAUGGCAUGGCAGGACUGUUUCACUUCUCGGGAUGGAUCAGGCAAAUUCAUAACUACCUCACUGGCACUCUUGGAGUUCAUGUUUGGAUUUCCUAUGCCGUCUUCAUCUUAGCUACCUUACUGAUUGGCCUGCUCCUGGGUUUGAUCCUGGUUUUGAUUUCAGACUGCCUCUGCCCAGCCAAGUCAAAAUACACAGCUGAAACACCUGAGGAAGCAAUUACCAAGGAGAACGCGGAGAACGCGGCGCUGGAGGAGCCGGAGGAGGCUGCAGAGCUUUCCGCGGAUGAUGCCGAGGAGGCUGCAGAUGUGAAAGAUCUCUCAGAUGGAGAAGAUGCAGCAAAUUCAAGUGCUGAUGAGUCGGAGGAGGAUUUAGCACUUGGAAAAGAAUCAGGGGAAGAAGAAAUGGAAGACUUAAGUGAGCAGCCUUUAGCUGAAUCAGAGACUGAAAGCACAGUGAGGCAGCGGAAAAGUCAGGGGGCUGAGAAGGAACUAUAGUUUUCCCAGUGGUGUAUCUUGUACACUUGGACCAAAGAAGUGUCAGACCCCUUCAGGGUCUGAAGCUGGAGCUUACACUUGAUUUGUCGUUGGUGUUUACGCAAAGCUCUGCUCUGCCAGCAGGCUCCUCUUUUUUUAAGCUUAGUACUUGCUUAUUUCCUUUGAUAAGCACAUUUGCUGUGUUUUGUGUGACCUUAGCCGUGACAAUCAAAAUCAGUGUCUUAUCUGUUCCAUGUCCUCUCAGAGAAAAAGGGGGUGUCAUUCUCAGUUCACCAGCUCUGAAAUGAUCAUUGUGUGUGUGUUCCUCUAAGGACUGACCUGGGCAAGAUCAGGACUUUUAACUCCACGGUAGCUUGGCAGGACUCUGACUUUUCUGUCUGAAUGUUGAUUGUUCCCAAAUGCCACAGAAGCACAGAGACGAUUCACUAGUGAAAGGAGGCACCUUACUGGUCUUCUGUCAAAAAUGUUGUGUACCACGGGUUUGUUUUUAUCACUUUCAAACAGAAGCACCUUUCUGUUCCAUUUCUAUUUGUGUUUGUUUUGGAAGUUGAUCCUGCAGCUCACCCCCAGAUGGGUCAGUUUUUGGUGAUCCAGAGGCUGUGCAGCUUGAGUUGUAUGACCCUAGGAGUUGGAGUAAUUAAAAACCUCAGGCAGAAAGAGAGUGGCAGCUAAAUGUGUAAAGUGUGUUGGAACUUUUGAAAGGUUUAAAGGAAAUUAUUUUGGUCGGUGGGAAAUUUUGCCAAAGCACUACUACUUUUUUUUUUUCUUUUUGGUAAUUUGUUCCCAUCUGGAGAUUGUAGCAGGAAAUACUCACUUUGGAGUCAGUAAGUUGUAUUUUUCUUGCCAGUACACGUUCAUCAUGUGCAGUGCAGUCCUGCCAUUGCCAACUCAGGAUGCUUUUGGGAGAACUCAAGCUGCUUUAGUGAUGUUAUCUGAAGAGGCACUUAGGUUUUUACCUUUGAUCACUUUUCUACUUUUGGAAUCAUCACAUUGGGAAAAGAGAGGGUGCACAGGUGGGUAGUGCUGGGAAGCUUUGGGUUUUGCUACUUCUGUCAGAAUAAACGUGCGUGUGUUGAACUGUGUAAAGUGAAAAUGGCUCGUCAGGUAGACAGCAUUAGAUGUGGUUAGACUUGGGUCAUUAAACAUAUCAGUGUAUCACUCCUUUGGGUUAAUAUGCAAGUCUUUUUUGGUCAGGAGUCCCCUCAGUGAGAUCCUGUAUGUUCCCACUUUGUUGAUGUACAACCAUGAACGUAAGAUGUGUCCUAAUAUUGAUAUUAUUUUAAAAAAUAUAUAUAUGUUGCAUAAACCUUGCUAACAUGCAUGAAUUUAAUCUUGUUCUUCAAGAACAAAGAGUAGUCAGAGAUGAGAUCAUCUCCCAUUAGAAGAGAAGUUGUGAGAGCAAAAUGCUGGUUUCCUUUGAGACUGUGAUUAAUAGGGCCAAUUUGUAUUGAAAGCAGUUUUGUUGUUUCUUAAUGCUCAUGAAGAAUAUAUUUGCCAGGGAAGCUCAACUUUCCCAUCUAUGUCCUGUCACAUAUAUUUUUGAACUAUAAGGUAGAAACUUUGCAUUUGUCUGGUAGAGCUCCUCAAGGAAGAAAAUUACACUGCAUAUCCUGAAAUUGAAAUUUCUCAAGGAAUACCCCCAGUCUGGAGUUUGAGUUCCAUAUAGUGGACACCUCUAAAUGUGCUUUCACAUAGGUGAAAACAGACUUGAUAGUAUCUAUACAUUGCACUAUCUUGAGAACAGUUUGUGAUGUUUGGGUGUUGUCCCAUCUACCUGAGCAGUUGUAAAGCUGGCAGCCACAGAACUCAGCAGUAGGUGAGGCACACAGCAGCCUUUUAAAAGCUACACUUUUAUCUGCAAAAAUCAAGAAAACUUUGUGGCCACUACAGUGUGAAGAGAAGAACUGUGCACUUUGAAGACAAAAAGGUCUUCUCACAAGAGUUGGGUUUCCCAGCGGUGUCUUUGGAUUUCAGAAGCUAACAAACCCACAAAUGGCACUUUGUCCUAAAAGGCACAUGGUUUGUGAGAUGUUGUGGGAGAGAUCAGAAACCCCUUUGUGUGGUGUGUCUGAAUUCUCUGCUCACAUUUCCUCCAUUGUUGCGUGUCACAGUUGGGUUUGGGCUAUUUAAACCAAAGAUGUGAAUUGUUUUCCAUCAUGAUAGACUGAACUGUAAGAUCACUGAUGAGCAGGGAUUAAAUAAGUAGGCAGCAGGUGACAGCAGCUUAGAUGGUCCUGUGAAUCUAGGAAUGAGCUUGGUCAGGCUUCUAAGGGCUCUUGAACAUAGGAUGGAUGUUGUUCCUGUGUUUUCUUGAAUAAAGCAGGGAAUAUUAAUGCUGACUGGGUUUGACCAUAUUUGACAUGUAUUGGUGUAUCUUGUUACAAAGAUCACUAAAUUGUGGUUAAGGCUUUGCUUAGAAAAGGUGGUACUGUGCAGCCAUUGAUCUCUCCAACUUAAUUUUACGUUUGUAGGAAAAUUACUGUAGUGUGAUACUGGAAAUGCUCAGUUUUGACUAAUGUUUAUCUGGGAAACAGUGAGCAGCAAACACUGUAAAAGCAAAAUUUGUGUUUAACAGAAAAACAAUUAGCUGUGCAGUAGAAGUGUCAUGUUAAUAUACCUUCCAGGAUCAGGAUUUUUUCCACUAAAACACAUUUUAAUUGAAUCAUGUGAGUAGUGCUAAUUAGACUAUUACAAUAGUUUUAAACUUGGUGUGUAUCCAAAAAGUUGGGAUCAACCUUUUGUGCAAUCUGGGUGUUCUGUUAUCUCUGUUCUGUUAGGAUUAAUCGUGAAGAAAUGGAACUUGUUCUUGCAACCUCAAAAUAGACAAAAGGGCCUUGGAGAAGCUGCUGCUGGCACUGUUCAAAAUGUUUUGAUGAAGGACAGGGCCUUAAGGCUUGGGAACUAGAGCUGUAUGUCAAAAUUAAUUUAAGAUUGUUGAGAAGCAAUUUAAAUAUCAAUUGGGCUGCAUGCCACUGGAAUGGGAAUGCUCAACAGCAAGUCCCCAAAAAAAUCUGGCAGAUUCCUUUUUCAAGAGGCUGGAAAUCCAUCCAGCAUUCCAAACCUCCUGUCCUUGGGAUCUGUGUGAAACUUGUAUGUGUGUCUUGGAAUGCUCUGUAUCUGCUGCCCUGUGGGGGUGUGGCAUGUGUUAUAUGGAUUUUCUUCCUGGAAAUGUUACACAGGGUUGUCUGUCACAUGAAAGUGUUGCAAAUUUAUACUUAGGCGUAUUUUUACUGAAAUGCCACAUAAAAUUUUGUAUUUAUGACC